AUGUCACUUUUACGAUUGCCUCCCGAGAUUCUAAUGCUAAUAUUCGAUCAAAUUGGCUCGUCUUUUUCCCGCGAGGAUUUAGGCCGCCUUACAGUCUGCAAACAGUGGCUCGGAUUCGCUCUUCCUGCGUGCUUCAAGUGCAUCACACUUUCCCAAGAGACCUUGCGGAAUCUAAUCACCUCUGGGAUAAUAAAAAAGUCGUUUCUGCUCACAAACAGCUUGGAAACCAUAGACCUUGAAUUAAGGGGAUAUCAAUCCUGCAUCUUCCCGCCCUAUUCUCAAGAAUAUGCGCAGGAGCCGAAUUCUUUGAACGCUACUUCCUCGAAUGAGGCUUCCAGGGACAAUACGGCCAAGACCUGUAUAAAGACCCUAAAAAAUGUCUUCGCCCAGCUUGCCAUUGUAGCCCAGCAAUCUAAUAGGUUGCGUACCUUACGCAUACGAGCCUGGAGCUCUCCUGAGCCCGCCAGCCGUCCCGGGGAUUAUCUGACACUAGCCACGAUGCAAGCCUUUCUCUCGCUGGAGAAACUGAGAGUUCUGGUGCUAGAUCUAUCUGGCAGCUUUCUAGAUGCAUCAGGAGAGCAAGGGAAUAGCUAUCAUAUUUGUCCAGCCAUCGGUGCACUUCUUCGUACUCUUCGAACCCUUCACCUACGCAUGCGCAGUAUCUGCCCCGAUGUUUUGAAACCCCGAGAUCCCGAUGAUAGUCUACACUUGAGUGUGGUGGCCAUCAACCUGAGUCAUCCGGGGAUCAUGUCGGUGACUCACUCUAAACAAUGCGGUUCCCGGGGCGGGGGGGUGCUUCGACUGAAAGCGGCGAUACAGGAACAGGGAGAAGUUCUCGCAACCCGAAUGGCGUCCCCUAAAACCAUAAGGAUACUGAAUCAUUCACUUCCGCAGUUUGAAAUACAGUCGCUGGACGUCUUGACUGGCAAGACUAUAAUACUGGACGACGAUAUGGCGUGGGACGAGGAUAGCAAGACUGUUAAGGAGGAGUCGGAGCCAGAGUCUGAGAUUACAGACGAUGGAUUUUCUACUUUUCUAGAUGAAUAA